GGAUGUAAGUCCAUUUGCAGUUGCAAGUAUGGUAUUGGAGGUACCACCAGAAAAACAAAAUGCGACAAAAUUGGACACCACAUUAUUACCAUUAAAUCAUUCGAAAAUUUUAGUACCAUAUAUUCAAGCAAUGGCUGCUGCGCCAUUUGCGCUUAAUGCAUUACAGUUAGAAAAUAAUGGCAAAGUAUGGAAUAUCCUAGAAAUUGGUCUUGGUACCGGAAUUUUGAAUAGCUUUUUGCAUAAUGUCUUUACCAAUAUAAAUAUAACAGCAAUAGAAUUAGAACAAGGAAUGUAUGAAAUAGCUAAGAAAUAUUUUGGUCUAAUUGAAGAUAAUUAUCAAAGAGUAAUUAUUGAGGAUGGUUUACGAUAUUUACAGAAAACUUCAUCAAGUCAAUCUAAAUUCAAUGUGAUCUUUAUCGAUGCUUGCUAUGAUCGAAUUGUUGACGAAGUGAUGUGUCCGGUUGAAGCUUUUAUGCUUAAACAAAAUUUGCAUAUUGUUAAAAAAGCAUUAACCAAAAAUGGGAUUGUUGUUUUAUCAGUUUUAACAUUUGAAGAAAAUGAACUUAGAAAGAUACAAAAACGAUAUACAGAUGUAUUUGGUAGUUGUCAUUUGAUUACUGAUGGACUAAAUCUUGUCAACCAUGUUCUUGCGUGUGGUGAAUAUCGACGAAAUAAGGCCAAAUUUGUUCGAAAAUUAAAAGAAAUUUACCAGAAAUUUGAAUUUAAUUCAGAACCAAAUAUUGAUUGA